UGCCCGCUGUGAAAACUACAUUCUCCACAGGGUCCUAUUUUCGGUGGCUGCAGUGGUUUGUCGUACAUUUUAAAUAUGAAUUUUAGCACCGCAGACAGCCGUCAACAUUUUUUCUCGGAGAGCAAUUUUCCGCAACGGAGGCAACAACAAGUGAGCUAGCUGGCUAGCUGCUCGUCGUCCCGUGCCCCUGUUUGCUGCCCAGUUGAUUAGCAAAACAACAGACUGAAACCACACAGGUGAACCACUGCGGACUGUAACCACACAGGUGAAACACUGCGGACUGCCACCACACGGGUGAAGCAUUGCUAACUGACGGCUAACAAGCAACGAUAUCUGCUUUUUUCGUGGUAAAGAAGAAGAAGACACCAGUCUCGGUUGCAUAAGCUACAACUAGACUUUUUUAAACAAUGGCCUCGAAUGUCCUAAACACGGAUGAGGCGUCUCCAGCGUCUCUGACAGACCUGUGCCUGACCUAUGUGAGCCAGAACCUAGAGUGUUUCUGUGUGAAACGUCCUGAUGGCUCCCUGUGCUUCAGAGAGGCUGUACUCUUCCCACAGGAGUUAGCAGAUCAGCUACUGGCCAAGAUGGCCACUGAAGGUCUGUUGAACGACAGUACAGUGGGUGUGUUUCGGAACUGUGAAUACCUGCGGCUGAGACGAGCGUGCAUUCGUACUGCACGUAUAUCUGCAGAGGCCUUCCAGAGAGCCCUCUGUCCUCACAGACUGCUGGAGCUAGAUGCUGCCAGGGUCAAUGCAGACCUCACUAUUCCUGAUAUUCUGCAGGGACUGGCCACCAAUAAAUAUUGUCAGGAGUCCCUCCAGCGACUUGUCUUAACAGGUCUCACCAUGGCCUCUCUGGAGGAACCUAUCCAACACCGCUUCAGCUCCCUCCAUGGCCUGCGCUCCCUCUCCUUAGCUAACGUAGACUUCUAUGACUCUGGGCUAGUAGAUGUGUGUUCCCUGCCUCGGCUGGAGAGCCUCGAUCUCUCCAACACUUCAAUCACCAACCUGAAUCCACUGCUGGGCCUAAAGGAGAGGCUGCGCUCACUAACGCUGCACCAGUUGAAAAGGCUGGAGAUGAGCACCGCUCAGCUGCUGAGCGUCAUAGGCCAGUUGGAUGUAUUGCAGCACCUGGAUAUCAGUGACGAUAAACAGUUUACCUCUGAUGUGGCUCGUCAACUGCUCGGACAGCCGGGGAUUCUGCCUGCUCUUGUUUCCCUGGAUGUGUCGGGGAGGAAACAGGUGACAGACGCUGCUGUUAAGGCAUUUGUUGACGAGAGACCAGGGAUGACCUUUGUGGGACUCCUGGCCACAGAUGCUGGCUUUUCUGACUUCCUCUCUGGAGAAGGAAACUUAAAAGUAACAGGAGAAGCCAACGAGACCCAGAUCUGUGAGGCACUGCGUCGCUAUAGCGAGAGAGAAGGCUUCGUAAGAGAAGCUCUGUUUCAUCUGUUCAGCCUCACCCAUGUCAUGGAGAAACCACGGCCUGACAUCCUCAAGUUGGUGGUUUUAGGUAUGAAGAAUCACCCAGCCACUCUGAAUGUCCAGCUGGCAGCCAGUGCCUGUGUGUUCAACCUGACGAAGCAGGACCUCGCUGCAGGAAUGCCAGUCCGAUUGUUAAGUACUGUCACUCAGCUUCUUCUGGAGGCCAUGCGGACUUUCCCCAACCACCAGCAGCUGCAGAAGAACUGUCUGCUGUCUCUGUGCAGUGAUCGCAUUUUGCAGGAGGUCCCUUUUAACAGGUUUGAGGCUGCCAAACUAGUGAUGCAGUGGCUCUGCAACCACGAAGACCAGAACAUGCAGAGGAUGGCUGUGGCUAUCAUUUCCAUACUGGCUGCUAAGUUGUCCACAGAGCAGACGGCUCAGCUGGGUGCAGAGCUGUUCAUCGUCAGGCAACUGCUCCACAUUGUGCGUCAGAAGGCUACUCAGGGCAUGGUGGACGCCACCCUCAAAUUUACACUCAGUGCACUCUGGAAUCUCACUGAUGAAUCACCGACAACCUGCCGCCAUUUUAUCGAGAACCAGGGUUUGGACCUGUUCAUUACAGUUCUAGAGUCCUUCCCCAAUGAGUCCUCCAUUCAGCAGAAGGUUCUGGGCCUGUUGAACAACAUAGCGGAGGUUGGGGAGCUGCAUGGAGAGCUGAUGGUGCAGGGCUUCCUGGACCACAUCAGCACUCUGCUGCACAGCUCAGAGGUGGAGGUCAGUUACUUUGCCGCUGGCAUCCUUGCACAUCUGACGUCCCGAGGAGAGGAGGCCUGGACACUCACCCCCGAACUUCGAUCCUCACUGCUGGAACAACUGCAUGCUGUCAUUAUGAAGUGGCCUGCACCAGAGUGUGAGAUGGUGGCCUACAGGUCAUUUAACCCCUUCUUUCCCCUGCUGGAGUGCUUUCACACCCCUGGUGUCCAGCUGUGGGCUGCCUGGGCAAUGCAACAUGUCUGCAGCAAGAAUGCUGCUCGAUACUGCAGCAUGUUGUUGGAGGAAGGCGGACUCCAGCAGCUCGAGCUCGUUCACACACAUCCACAGACGCACAGAGAUGUCAAACUGUUGGCCGAGAGCAUCCUGGAGAGCCUACAGCGUCACAGAGCCCGCACUGGCCAGCCUGCACUCACACACACAAGUCGCCGCCCGCCACCACAAUAACCUCACAGAGAAGAUGAUCCACAGGAGGACAUAAGCUGAGUCCCACCACAGAGGGGAUUUAGUAUUUGUGUGUAUGCACAUUGCACACACAAACACACUUUAUCAAGAAUCCCCAGAAAAUAUACAUAAAAGGACAGAGACUUUGCAAUUCUUUGCACACACACUAACCUUAUUUAUUUUCUUUGUGUUUGUUUCAAAACAAAAAUAUUUGUGUGCUAAUCUUGUGAUUAAAAAAAAAACUGUUGGUCAUUUAAGCUCAUAUCUCAACAUCUCUUGUUAGUCUGACAUUGGAAUCAUGAUGAUUUUCUUACCAAAAAAAAAAAAAAAACACAUCAGCACACGAAUCUCAGUUUAAGAUUGACCCCCCCUUCCCACAGAAGCUCAGCUGAGGGUGGACACCCUCUGGCCCCUGUAUGUUACUGAGGGCCCUGGUUGUCUAAAUUGGUUGAUUAGCUCAUUAAGUAUACGCAUGACGCUGCUGUGUGAGUUCAAGCAUGCUGGAGUUUGUUUGAAUGCUUGUACUGUUCAUUUUAGGAAUGCCUGCUUGUUUUGUUUAUAACAGUGUUUUGUACACUGAAACCCACGCCUCUGGAUCUGCAAUAGUACUGUUGCUCUUCUCUUCAUUUAGUCUUUUAUCAGCUAAUGCCUUUGAUUUGAUGUGACAGCACACUUGCCUGGGGUGUAUUCAGUGGGUUCACAUGUUGAAACAAUACAGAGGAAAACCUGAAUUAUAGAGAAGUAAUAUAUCUUUGAGAAGCUCCAGUGGCUUUUUCUUUUCUAAAUCAGUUUGCAAAAUCACACCUAAUUAAUAAUGCGGCCAUUCAAUAAUGUCUGGUGAGUACAAAAGUCCUUUCUGAGCACAAAUGGCAAUAAUGAUGUGGUCAGUAUAGUCGUGAUGGAUGUACGUGUGUAUUGAGUCACAGCUGUUUUUCUCUUUUGAGAAAAUUGUGUAUAUAUCGGUAUGUUCACUGUGCUUCCUAAUGCAUCCGAGUGUCUUAAAGACAGGGGCAGCACUUCUAUUGAGCAUGUGUGUAUGUACGUCUGUACAAGUAGCUGCAUCUUAAAGAGUGUAUGUAAUUUGUACAUAAUAGAAGAUGGGAAAGAAAUGGUAAUGGUUUGUUUAGGACUGGUUGCAUGGAAAAUAUUAUAUUGUAUGUUCCAUUGUUUGUUUGACUUCCAGUUAAUUAGAUUUUUUUAAAGGAGGGGUAAACAGAGGAGGGGCACUAUUUACACAAGAGAGAGCGAGUAGGUGGUGUUAUCAGGAGUAUUCAAGGGUGUUUCUCUGUAUUCUGAAGUGGCCGUGUGACUUUAGUAUCCACCAGGAUGCCAUUUUACCAGAUAUACGUCUGCUGUCCAGAGAAGCCAGACGACCUUGAUGCCCUUAUUCUCCCUUUUUCAUCCGAGGUCUUGAUUCUCAUAAAAGCCCCCCCCCCCCCCCCCCCCCUGUCAUCACUGUCUAUGCAAUCCAAGUCGGUGUUGCUGUCAAAGCCCUGAUACA